CAAGGUCUGACGAGAAGAAGAAGAAGAAGAAAAAACAAUUCUACAUUGCUCUAAAGCCAAUGUGGCAGUUUCAUUGGUGACAGUGUAUUCUCGACAGGAAGCUGAUCCCAGGUCUGUACGCACAUGAAGGUUCACUGUUUGCCAAAAGGGAUGAGAACAAUUUCCGUUCCUCUUCUGGAUCCUGUGGCCAGCUGCUGCUCUGUCAGACACAUGCUGUAAACACAAGGUUCGGUCAGACCACAGGGUUGUUUAGCAGCCCCCACUUCCUCAUCGAGAGUCGAAGCAGAGCACCAGCUUCCUGUGACGCCUCUGAGUCUCUGGUCAAUUAGUUUACUCACAUCACUGCUGGAUUGAGCCGCAUGGAAGGAGAGCGGCCUCAUCGUUGCAUCCUGUGUGGAGGUUUCUGGUAGAUCUACCCUGGUAUUUGAAGAUUCUCUCGAAGAGCUGGAUCUGUCGGGAUAUAAAAACACAUUCAAUCGUUAGUUAUCUUCAUAUGACAGCUGUGAUGCUGUUCUCACGCAGUUAAGGUUGUGUGUGUUUGGGAGAUUCGGCCAUGCUACAGCAGUCGGAGCUCAUCUUUGACUUUGCCAGUGACCAUGUUAACAUGUCACAGUUGGGGGUUUACUCGGAUUACCCCGCGGUGAUUGUGGAGCAGCUUCCCCAUCCACACCUGCUCUCAUAUGCAGGGCUAGCGUGUGAACAGUCACAGCAUCACCAGCAGCUGUUCAAAGUGGAGCAAUAUGAAAGUGGAGAGGAAGAAACCAUGGAGACACUUGUUGCUGCUGACUCUCUUCUUAACAUGGACUGCCCUGACACCUUGUCACUAGAACACUACUCCCAGACCUUCCUACCGUCACUGGGUGAUGUCAUCACAACUCCUGUUACCCAGGUGACCGUGUCAGCAGAGGGGAUUGUGGGAGCUGUUGAUCAGCCGCAAUGGCACUCGCUGCACACCAAGAAGCCUGCAACACAGCUGCAGUCAAAAAAGAGAGGGAGAAAACCUCGUCAUAGAAGGGCAGAGUCUCCAACGCCAGAUAUUGUAGUGAAGAAGGACAAAUACAACAAAGGAGGAAACACACUGUACCUGUGGCAGUUCCUGAUGGAGUUGCUCCAGGAUCGACAGGUCUGCCCCCGCUACAUUAAAUGGACUGAUCCCCAUGCAGGCAUCUUCAAGUUAGUCAACUCAAAAGCGGUGGCCAGACUCUGGGGCAAACACAAGAACAAGCCGGAUAUGAAUUAUGAGACGAUGGGCAGAGCUCUUAGGUACUACUACCAGAGAGGCAUACUGAAUAAAGUUGAAGGCCAGCGUCUCGUGUACCAGUUUACCUCUCUGCCCAAAGAUAUGAUCUACAUCACCGAUGGAGAUGGCAUCAAAGAGGAAGAAGAUGACGAAGACAUUGAUGAGGGUGUGAGCGAUGACUCAGAUGACAGCACCGUACCUUCGAGCGACCAAUCGGUGGAGGAUGAGGAAGAUUCUCCCCCACCGCAGAAGAAAACAUCGAGCUGUGUCCGAGCCCCGGCUACUCAGCGGACCAGGCCGGCUCCCCGGUCCUCAGCACUGCGUGACGGUGUCACACGUUCUGCCACCAACAGCCUGAUCCAGGAACAGCAUUUGCCUAUCGUGUCCGCGGAGAUGCUGCGGACCCUCCAGAACCUGCAGAAGGUCCAGUCCCUGCAGCCUGCGGGUCACGCCUCAGUCUUCAAAACCGCUCAGCUGCUGGGCAGUAUGUGCGAGCGGCAGGCUGCGGCUGAGGGCAGCGUGGACAGUGAGGGUGCACCUGAUGUUAAGUCACACCCGGGACUCAAAAUGUCACAAGUGGGGACGCCACAGCUGGUGCCUUUAACUAGCUCUGACCAAUAGUGUGGUGCAGCAAUCAUUUAUGUAGGCAAACCUGGAAGUUAGCAUAACUAGGGGGUCCCUCAACAACAAGCAGUUAAGAUAUUUCCAUUGGAUUUUGGAAUAUUGCCCAAAAUUUGAUCAUAAUACUUUCUUCAGCAGGAUUAUUUCCACAAAGUAACACAAAUGUUAUGAUUUUUGAAGCGUUGAUGCAAUCAGCUGAAAUUAAAAGGUUAUAUAAGCUAUAUGAGGCUAUAACUUAACAACAUCCAUUCCUAUGACCUCACUUCAACUCUGCUAAGCUAAAGGUGGCUUAUGUUUUGCGUGAUGAUGUUUGGAACUCUCAUUUAGAUUUUUUUUUAAAAGUUAUUUCUGGGGGGCUUUUUGCCUUUAAUCCGACAGGCCAGUGGAGAGUGACAGGAAAGUGGGAGAGAGAGUCGGGGUGGGAUCCGGAAAGGACCAGUUGCGCCACGGCCGGGCCAGAAACAGCUAUUUUAAUGAAAUAUAGAAGCUUCAGACAUUUACGAGAGGUACAUUUGCUUACGUAUUUUAUUUCAUACAACAAAACCUGAAAAUCUCUCAAGCUUGUGUUAGCCAAAGACCUGUACCCAAAGAAUCUCCUUAAAAACGUUAAAUCAGCAAAGAGGGAACCAGAAAUGGUCAAAUGCUAACUCAUUUCCGGGUUUUGGGACUCAUUCCUGCACCAGUCUAUAAAAAAUACCCUUAUACACACACGCACGUACACUCCACUGACUCAGGACCAGUAACAGAGCUGCAUUCUGCGGUGGCAAUGUGGCACUGAUCCUGGAUUAUUUUUGUAUUUUAGGAUAUAUUAUGUAAUGAUAACAAAAGUAAUUCUCGAUCACUGCUUCCUCCUCUACAUCUGAAUUUGCAGGAAACCAAAAUUCCACAACAUUUAGCAGUUUAUCUUAUAAAAGACUUCAAAUAAAAGCUUGUGCGCUUUAUCUAAGCCGCCGUUAAUCAUAAGACACCAUGGACAGACAUGCACUGGAUUCUGCAGCCGCUCUGCAGACACACCCUACGCUUGCACACCACCUCCAGCGCCAUGGAGCCAAUUAUCUGAGCAACACCCUGUGCACUCCUUCUAAGUCUUUACUCUCGUUCUUCUUUUUUUCUUUUACUAUCACAUGCUGAAUCAUUCCUCUGCCUUUAAAGUGGCUUUGCACUAAUGUUUACUCCUGCUGUACGUUUCUUCUCCAAGUGCCUGACGAUUCUCAGUCCAUCCUGUCUCUGCUUCCUUGUAAUCGUGAGGUUAAGGGAAAACAUUCCAUAUUAUUAUUGUUUUUUUAUACCUUUUUCUAUCAUAUAUAUCUAAAUUAUGUUUGUAUUGUGACAUGUUGAAAACAAGGGAUCACUGUUGUUUCUAGAAUAGUAAUUGAGCACUGCUGCUGCCUGUAGGCGAUGCAUCUACUCAGUGUAUCUGGCUUUUGUCAACAAUCACCAAAGUGAGAUGGCCUUAUAUUUAGCCUCAUGUAGAGUUACACCGCUACUAUUUAGCUGUGCACACAAUCCAUUCUUGUUAUUACACGUAUAUAAAUGCAUAUAUGGACCUGUAAAGCCUUGAUAACUUUAUGUAUUGUGUGUUAUAUACUGUAUCUUGUCUGUGAACAUGCUUGACGUUGUGCCUUGUUGCCAUUUUUCUCCCUCAGGUUCGUACAAAAUUAGUUUUACUGACUAUACUCUAUGCAAAGAGUAAAACAGCAGACACUUUUUUUAUGAUGAAGUAAUGCUUCUGUGGUGUCCCUUCAGUUGAUCUUAGUUUAGCCUCACAAACCUCACUCCAAAUUAAAGUGUGUGAGAUUAAGUCUGACUGCUGUGAGGUUAAGCUUGAUUUUGGAGAUGCUUGUAAUUGUGCCUUUGCCCCCAAGGGAACCCUAUGCAAAAUCGUUUUCACUUUAUUAGCGAGCAAACCAUUUGUUUGGAAUCCGCUCUCUUUGCUUUAUCUGCAGGCCUCUUGAUACUGUACGUUUGACUGCUAUUGAUAAGUGAGCUUGUAGCAGAGGGAGAGGUGGAGUUUCUUUUGCCUUAUUUUGGUGUUUGCUUUCAUACAGUACAGACACUUUAAAAAGAAAAUGAUCUGUUAUAUGUAAUAAAUGUAAUUGUGUCAUUGUC